UUGUGUCUGGCAUUCUCGACACAUUUGCCUGAAUAUGUGUUAAGUCUGGUGUGUAAGAAAGAAAAUAUAUUGUCUGGUUUGGGUAUAUACUUAAUUAACAAGAAGCCAAAAAUGGAAAACGAUAAAAAAACGCUGAAAAAAAUGGAAAAGUUCCGCUUGGUAUUUCAUGGGACGGCUCUGUUCCACCAUUGUAUAGCAGGGGCUUAUUCCAAAUUUCCAGUGCAGGAUUACAGUAAUGUCACCGACCAACGAGUUCUGGACGUGAAGGACUUCGAAUUAAAGUUCUUCACCACAUGGAAUAUGGUGUUCCAAACGCUGUACUUCGCACUAGCAUUCUCAUUUGACUUGUCCAGAUACGUACCAAUUCUAAAGCCACACAAGAAAUUGUUGGAUUUCAACGGUUACAUAUUUACCGCUGUUGUUUUUCCAUGUUCUUGUUACGUUUCUCUUCUAUUCUGGACAAUAUAUUACAUUAAUCGAGAAUAUGUGUUACCAGAAGUCGUUGAUGAGUUCGUACCUACAUGGCUGAAUCAUAUGGUCCAUACAAACAUCGUACCAUUCGUAAUGGUGGAAAUUUUUAUGACUAAUCUAAAUAAACCUUCCCUGAAGUCUGCCAUACUCGGUCUCACCGGACUUACAAUCAUUUACAAAAUUAUAUUUUUCCACACGUACUUCCAAACCGGUAGGUGGAUCUAUGCUCUGUUCUCCGUUCUGACUUGGAAUGAACGCGUUGCCAUCAGUCUGUUUAAUUACAUGAUGACUGUGUGUUUUCUGAAACUAGGAUCAUCGAUCCAAAAAUAUAAGCACAAAAUUAUUGAAAACAAGUACGUUACUAAGUACGAGAAAUUUAAGAAGGAUUUGUUGUUGAAUAAUCCUAUAUAUUAAUGAUUCAUAUCCUUUACUAUACAUAAUUUUUAGUAUUUUAUAUUAUUUAUCAUUAUUGUAUUAAUGUAAUAAUUUACACAGUUAUUAUAUAUAUAUAAUUUACACAAUUAUUAUAUAUUAUAUUAAUUUAUUAUGAUAAAAUUCAUUUAUGGGACAGUUUUGUAUUUUGAUAGAUACAAAAAAUUGUAAGUACUAUUUAGUACAAAUAAUUAAUAUUUGUAU